UCCACCCGCAUUUCGGGCUGCUAUUUAAACUUCAAGCGCGUUGUGCUUCGCUGAGACAAUUAUUAAAGCAGACGUACGACCAAGAUCUGGACAAGAAACCAAGAUAACCAAAGAGUCAGCAUGGAAAGUCAGAACAUAAUGAACGGCUGUUACGAGCAGAACCAGUUAUCGGAGGGUAACGAGCACGUGUUAGUCACAGGGGGCGCUGGUUACCUUGGCUCAAGUGUGGUGCCUCUCUUGCUGGAAAGUGGUUACAAAGUCACUGUUUAUGACAUCUGCUGGUGGGGAAUAACGCCACUUUUGACCUGGGCAGGCCACAAGAACCUGAACAUCAUCCAAGGCGAUAUCAGAGAUAAAACACAGCUUGCCAAAGCCAUGCAGAAUGUAGACGCCAUCAUCCAUCUGGCUGCUGUCGUAGGGUACCCGGCCUGCGACAAAGACCCCGAUUUGGCUGAAGAAAUCAAUGUUGGGGGCACGGAAAUCCUCGCCUCCCUUCUCCAGCCCCAUCAGAAACUUGUCUAUGCUUCUACUGGCUCGUGCUACGGAGCUGUUGAAGGGGUGUGUUCAGAGACCACGCCCAUCUCUCCGCUUACCCAUUAUGGCAGUACUAAGGCAAGUGCUGAGAAAAUCAUCGUCGGUGCCGGUGGAGUGGGCCUCCGUCUCGCCACAGUGUUUGGACUAUCUUCAAGGCUUCGCCUUGACCUCCUUAUCAAUGAUCUAACAGACAAAGCAUUUGUCCAUGGCAAAUUCGACCUCUAUGAGAGCCAUUUUCGUCGCACGUUCCUCCACGUGAAAGACGCGGCCCGUGCUUUUGUGUUUGCCAUAGAGAACUAUGAGAAAAUGUCAGGCAGGGCAUUCAACGUAGGAGACGAGUGCAUGAACCUGACCAAGCUUCAGGUAGCCAAGCAUAUUCAGCGGCACAUGCCGUCGAUCGUCAUCAACGAUUCCACUGUUGGCACAGACAAGGACAAAAGAGACUAUGAGGUUUCUUACGCUAAAAUUCGCAACUUGGGCUUCCGUACCAGUAUACCUGUUGACGAUGGCAUUGUGGAAAUGUUGAAAAUCCUCCCUUGCCUAACUGCCGAAGAGCGCACCAAGGCACGUAAUAUACAACCCAUUGCUUGAAUAUCGACAAAUUUCUAAGUACCACUGCCGAUAACUUUAUUGUUACAUUUAUUAUGGUAAUAAGCAUAAUAUGAUAUCAUUAUAUGAUAGUAUGACAUGAGCUAAAUAAGUAAAAAAAUGUUCACGCUGAUAACACAUUUGGGCAGCAAGAGACAAUGGCUGAUCUGGGAGAGGGCACAGCAGGUAUGUGUUCUUUCCUUCUCUUCUGAGGCACCCCCUGCCCCUCUUCCCAAAAUGAAAGAAUAAGAAAAAUUAACAAAUGAAACAAGCAUAUUUUCAAUCCCUGUGGUCUUCAUAAUAUUGUAAAGUUACAUAUGUCAACUGUCAUAUUUG